AUGCAUCGUCCUUCGAUACCCAUGGCUUUUUGGAAAAGAGAGAAAAGCGAGCAAUUGCUCUUGGUACUACUUCGUCGACAAGAUGCCAAGACACCUCGACUCAUUGUUGAAUACAUCAGGCCUAGGACGACAUUAUCAGCGGCUGCUAACAAGCCUAAAACAGGACUGAUGCGCUGCCACAGGUUAGUUGCACAGCUGGAUUUCAUCCAAUAUGUCUGCUACCUGGCAUUUUAUCCUCUGCUGAUACUGCAACUUAUACUCAACUGUUUUUCUGAUCCAUCACAGCUCUGUAACACUAAGCAUUUCGAAUAUACUAAAACUCAUCCGGAAACUUCAGCAUCAUUUCCAAACCGACAAAUUCUUUGGUGGUUUGGCCCAGUCAUAUCAAAGGCAUCCAAAAACUCAUUGGAGAUUGAAAGUUUAUAUGAGUUAGAUGAAGGCUUGCAAGCUGAGAAUCUCAACGCAGAAUGGGAGAAUGAAUGGAAUAAGUCUAUUAAAGAGUACGAAAAACGGACGCGAGCCCAUUCCCCAAAUCUCAAUUUCUCCAGUACCGAUGAGAAAACCCCUCUCAUUAAUGGAAAUGGAAAAGAUUAUGGUACUGACGAUGCAUUGAAGCUAGCGGACAGACCUGUACAUGAGCCUGUUCCUCUUCCCUCCAUUAUCGGCGCUUUAUGGAGAUUAUUCAAAUGGGAAUUGAUUGGCGGCAGCAUUAUCAAACUCUUUUCUGAUCUUAUCCAGUUUUCGAAUCCUGCCUUUUUGAACUUGCUCAUCACCUUUACCGAAAAACCAAAUGCUCCUUUGUAUGAAGGGCUCUUUUACGUAGCCGGGCUUUUCGUCUCAGGAAUACUACGAUCCCUACUAAUGAAUAACUAUUUCAAAGUCAUGUAUCGCAUCGGGACAAAGAUUCAGACCACACUGACGACAGCCGUCUACAACAAGACGAUGAAGCUUUCAAACGCUUCAAGAAGACAGAAGACUCACGGAGAGAUUGUAAAUCUCAUGGCUAUCGAUGUAGAUCGCUUUCGCAUGAUAACUCCACAACUGCAACAGUACUGGAGCAGUCCUCUACAGGUCAUCAUCUGCAUGGUGCUUCUAUGGCAAACAGUGGGUUAUGCGGUCAUUGCGGGCUUUUUAAUUAUGGCAAGUUCCAUUUCCUUUCGUUCGUACAUACACAUCAUAUGUCGGCUAUUUUCGAUCUCACUGAUACCUUUCAACAUCUGUAUCUCUUUGUUUGCCAAGAAGUGGACGGUUCAACAGAUGCGGUUAAAAGAUGAACGCAUACGCAUGACAAAUGAAAUUCUAUCUGGCAUAAAGGUUGUGAAGCUCUAUGCCUGGGAACCGGCACUCGAAGCCACUGUUGAUGAGAUACGAGUGAAAGAGAUGUCGUUAGUACGCAAGGCUGGUAUCGUCAAAACAAUCGCCGACAUGUUCAAUGUUGCAGCACCCUUCAUAGUAGCGCUGGUGACGUUCACCACUUACACGCUUUCGUCACCCGACCAUGUGCUUACACCACAAGUUGCUUUCGUAUCGUUGACCCUUUUCAAUCAGCUGAGAGGACCACUGAUGAUGGCAGCAGAUUUGAUAUCACAAACUGUUCAACUUGUAGUGUCGAACAGACGCCUAAAGGAAUUUUUGGUUGCUGAAGAGCUUUCGGACGAAACCGUUGAUCGUGAGGAGAAAGGAGAUUACUAUGUCGAGGCCGCUGAGAUGUCAGUGACGUCAUUUGCCUGGGACCGUCAUGAGCCUCCACAACUUCGUGACAUUUCUAUGAAGGUCCAUAGUGGACACCUACUGGCAGUUGUCGGUACCGUAGGUGCCGGUAAAUCAAGCCUACUGCUUGCAUUGCUUGGAGAGAUGGAGAAACUUCGUGGCUACGUAGGCCUUCGAGGUACCGUAGCGUAUGUCCCUCAGCAGCCUUGGAUACGUAAUGGUACCCUGAAAGACAACAUAGUGAUGGAAAAAGAAUUCAACAAAGAAAAAUAUGAUGCUGUCAUUGAGGCUUGUGCGCUGAAGCCAGAUUUAGCACAGCUUGCCCAGGGAGAUCAGACAGAAAUAGGUGAAAAAGGCGUGAACCUUUCUGGUGGUCAGAAAGCACGAGUCGCACUUGCGAGAGCAGUCUACCAAGAUCGUGACGUCUAUCUACUCGACGACCCCUUAUCAGCUGUCGAUGCGCAUGUGUCCAAGCACAUUUUUAGCAACGUAAUCGGUCCGCAAGGUCUGCUUGCAAAGAAAACAAGAAUACUUGUGACUCAUGGGCUUUCCUAUCUCAAGGACAGCGAUGUCGUUAUUGUUAUGAGAGCCGGUACGAUUGUUUACAAAGACAAUUACGAGAAUCUUCUUGAAAAUGCUGAUGCGUCCGAAGUCCUCCAAGAAUCUGUGCAGAGACACGAAGACUCGAAUGCCAGUGAAGAAUCGGAUGAAUCGGACGAGGAUGCUAAUGAGCAUGAGGAUGCCGCUGAAACACGAUCAGUUGUGAGCAAGACAAGCCGAACAUCUAAACGCUCGCGCAAGGCUUCUCAAGGAAAGAAAGUUAAGCUCAUAGAAGACGAGAAAACAGCCCUCGGAAGGGUCAAAUUCUCUGUGUACAUGGCUUAUUUCCACUCUAUGGGUAUCCUUCGCUACUUUGUUCCGUUUGCGAUAGCAUUAUCGCUCAACUCGGCGCUUAUCGUGGCAAGAAGUUUUUGGCUCACUGAUUGGUCCAAUGACAACACCCCUGGUGCAGACCCGAGCUUAGCUAAACCGCUAGGUGUACGUUUGGGAGUUUACGCCGUUAUUGGAUUUUCGGAAGUCGUGUUCCUGUAUCUGGCUCUAACUACGUUGAUUCUUGGGGGCGUGGCAGCAUCACUUAAACUUCACAAACCCUUGUUUCACAAUGUUCUGCGUAGUCCACUUUCAUACUUUGACGUCACACCGCUGGGACGCUUUUUGAAUCGUCUUGGAAAGGAUAUGGAGACCGUGGAUCUUCGUCUUUCAUCUAAUUUCAGAUUUCUGGCUAUGGCCUUCAUGAACGUCCUUCAGACAUGCAUCAUAAUUUCAAUUUCGGUGCCUCUCUUCAUUAUUGUAAUCAUACCCAUCUUCAUAAUAUACAUAUUCAUUUUGCGCUAUUUUAUUCCGUGCUCCCGCCAGCUACAGAGACUAGCAUCCUUGACUAGAUCUCCUAUCUAUUCACAUUUCUCCGAAAGCGUUCAAGGUGCCACAACAAUUCGUGCUUUUGGAUGGACAGACAUGUUCAAGAAGCAGAACAAAGAAAAGCUUGAAGCCCAUGUACGGUGCUCAUACUACUCCUUGGUCUCAAGUAGAUGGCUUUCAGUGCGAUUAGAACUAUUGGGAAGUACAAUAAUACUCGCUACCGCCUUGUUCGCAGUAAUUUCUCGUAACUGGGGUACGAUAACAGCUGGAGAAAUCGGACUUUCUGUCUCGUACAGUUUGAACAUUACAUUCAUGCUGAACAUGUUCGUACGUCAAAUUAGCGAAGUGGAGACUAAUGUUGUAGCUGUUGAGAGAAUAAAAGAGUACACAGAAACCCCAGUUGAGGCUCCAUGGAGGCUGCAGAGACGUCCUCCAGCUGGCUGGCCAAGCAAGGGCGAAGUGGAUAUAUUUGACUAUUCGACGCGUUAUCGUCCGGGAUUGGAUUUAGUACUGAAAGGACUAACAGCUCAUAUAGCGCCUGGUGAGAAGGUAGGAGUGGUCGGGCGAACUGGUGCAGGGAAAUCAUCAUUGACGCUCGCCCUGUUUCGAAUUAUCGAACCAGCUGGUGGACACAUACUUCUUGAUGGGAUCGACAUCAUGUCAAUCGGGUUACACGACCUUAGAGAGCGCUUGACAAUUAUACCACAAGACCCUGUUCUUUUCUCCGGAACCCUUCGAUUUAAUCUGGAUCCUACCUCAACAUACAGUGAUGAAGAUCUUUGGUUAGCUAUCGAAUCAGCCAGCUUGAAACCAUUUGUAGAAAGCCUUCCGCUCCGUCUACUGCAUCAGAUCGACGAAGGUGGUGGUAACAUCAGUGUCGGACAACGUCAGUUGGUGUGCCUUACUCGAGCUUUACUAAGAAAAACACGAAUACUAGUUCUGGAUGAAGCCACGGCAGCUAUCGAUGGACAUACGGACAAUCUUAUACAGACGACCAUACGAAAGCAAUUCGCUGAUUCAACUGUAAUCACUAUAGCACAUCGUCUGAAUACCAUUAUGGACUAUGACAGAGUGAUGGUUAUGGAAGCGGGCAAAGUAGCUGAGUUUGCCCCACCACAACAACUGCUCUCUAACAGAAAUUCUAUAUUCUAUUCGAUGGCUGCUAGUGCUGGCAUUAUCUGAUGUUUCUUUGUACAAACUAUCCGCUUCAGUACUGUUCAUGUGUAAUAGAAUAACAUAAUAAAGUCGG